UGCAAUCGGUCCCUAUUGCCUUGUGACAUUCCGUCAUCCGGGUACUCCGUCAUCCGGGGUUUGCAUCUGCCUUGUUCUUUCUGUUUAUAAACAGAAAGAGCGCAGAACGGUCGAUGCGGCGUGACGUCACUCCGCCAAACACGUCACGUUAUUUUGACCUUUCAAACUAUUUUUCGUUUCAAACGAAAAGUACAACACGUCAAAAACCACACGAAUCGAGUUAGGAUCCGAGCGGCCGCGCGUGCAACCGGGGUCAAAUUAGGCGCGUUUUAUUGCCACAUGUAACGCACGUGUCGUCCGGUUCCAGGAACUGCAACAACAUUAACCAUUUCUUUGCCAGGGAGCUUAGCGUUAGACAGCACGGAUUCGACAGAGAAUAAAUAUCUUAACGCCUGAACCCCAUGAACAUAUUCGGGAAAUCUCCGCGUUCACCGCUCACCAUCCCAAAAACAACCGAAGAGUAAACAAGUGAUUCGGACGCACGCAGGUCCGCUCCGGAAUCCGUCUCGCGUUUUUCGUCCACCGGCUCCAUGUUUUGACUACCACCACCAACAGCAACAGAGCGAACCUUCCCAACACAUAGCCGUUGCGCUCGCAAUCCCCUCUGUGUUUUUUUUUAUCAAAAUGGCUGAUUUCGGGGAUGAUACCGGAGCGCGAGCUCUGCUGGCCCUCAAAUCCGCUCCUUGUAGCCCGGUGGGUAUUUCUAUCCCGCCCGUGUACACGUUUUCCUCCUCGAUUUCGCCCAGGAUCGCAUCAUCCAUGUCCCUCUCCCCUCCGUCGCAGGCCUUGGCUCGGCUGGAAGGCAGGGACUUCGAGUUCGUUAUGCGCCAGAGGACGGUGACCGUGGGACGGAAUUCCUCGCACGGCUCCGUGGACGUCAACAUGGGCCACUCGAGUUUCAUAUCCAGGAGACAUCUGCAGAUCACUUUCGAGGACCCGCAUUUCUACUUGCGCUGUCUCGGCAAGAACGGCGUGUUUGUCGAUGGCGUUUUUCAAAGAAGAGGCGCACCUCUGCUUCUCUUACCGAGGGAGUGUACAUUUCGAUUUCCCAGCACGGUGAUCAAGAUUCAGUUUACGGCGCUCUACCACAAGGACACGCAGAAAGAAGACGCUCCCGUGUCGCCUGUGAGACCCCUUUACCCACAAAUCUCUCCGCUGAAAAUCAGCAUUCCUGAAAACGAUUACAGAACUAUGAUGAGUCCGCUGCCUUCACCGACAGGAACUAUCAGUGUUCCCAAUUCCUGCCCAGUUAGCCCUCGUGGAGCGGGUUCUUCGGGAUACCGAUACGGACGUAACAUCACGUCGGAUCUCCAGCUUGCCGCUGAAUUUGCAGCCAAAGCUGUAUCAGAACAGCGCACUGAAGCCACAGGAGGAGACAGUCCUAAAGAUGAGUCCAAACCUCCAUAUUCGUACGCUCAGCUGAUAGUUCAGGCCAUCUCGUCCGCUCCAGACAGACAGCUAACACUAAGUGGCAUAUACGCUCACAUCACCAAGCAUUAUCCGUACUACAGGACGGCCGACAAGGGCUGGCAGAACUCCAUAAGACACAACCUGUCACUGAACCGCUACUUUAUCAAAGUGCCGCGCUCACAGGAAGAGCCGGGGAAAGGGUCCUUCUGGCGCGUAGACCCUUCGUCGGAGGGCAAGUUGGUGGAGCAGGCUUUCCGGAAGCGCAGACAGCGUGGAGUGUCCUGUUUCCGCACACCCUUCGGCCCACUCUCGUCCAGGAGUGCUCCUGCAUCUCCCACCCACUCCGGCCUCCUCUCUCCACAGUCAAGUGGCCUCCAGACCCCCGAGUGUCUUUCUCGGGAGGGGUCCCCGGUGUCUCACGAGCAUGACUUUGGUUCCAAGCUCGCUUCUGUGGCUGAGUACAGAUACUCGCAGAGCGCACCUGGCUCUCCAGUGAGCUCUCAGCCUGUGAUCAUGGCUGUACCUCCUCAGCCCUCAGCUGUGAUACCCAAGCAGGUCACUUACAUGCCAGCCUCCAUCAUUAGCACCUCUCAGACAUCCGGCCAGGCCAUCCAUGUGGUACAGCAGGCACCCGCUGUCACCAUGGUGCGUGUAGUGACCACCUCUACUAGCUCCCCCAAUGGAUACAUCUUGGCUAACACCAUCUCCUCAGGAGACGGAUAUGGAGAUCAAAGGGGUUCAAUGGAUGAGAUGCCUGUGAUUGGCAGUCGGGUUAUUCAGACUGUUGGCAGUCACAUAAAUUCAAUCAGUAGGGGACAGCAGAGCUACACCAUUGUCCAGCCGAGCGCUGUGCACCAGCUUCCCGUCCAGGUGAUUGCUCAGAAUGGCAAACACGCUCUUCCUAUCACCAGCGUAUCAUCCAACGCUUACGCUUUUACCAGUCCGCUUCAGAUCUUGGCAGCCCAGGCCUCAACAUCUCCCCCCGUGCUGGUCAACAGGCCCUCCAGCUUGGAGUUAGAGAACGAGCCCGAGCCUAAGCGGCCCAAAAUGGAGGAGGACGCCAUCGCUCCAGUCCCCCAGCCUGUUAUUGUUGCAAUGAACCAAGAGGCCAGCGAAUGAACGAGUGAGUGGAUGGGUUGAUGACGGAUCUUCAAAGCACGUCUCAAAAUAUCGUUUGCUCGACGUGCCGACAUAUUGAGGGGAAAGUGUUUUGUUUUCUUUAAAACAAGAACUUAAAUGUGUUGAGAACGACAAGCCCGAGACGGGUAACUGAUCGAAUGCGCUUGUAAGAAGAGCUUUAAACAUUGUGUUUCAUGGGGGUUAAAUUCAUCGAGCAAUUUUUGGCAUUAUUAAAAUUCAAUGCUCACACCGUUUUAAUUUUGUAGGGGUUUUUAAUCUUGUAAGAAUGUUUCUCAAAGGUAUGAAGAGAGGUGCGUGUGCUGAAAGACACCAGCCAAGCUUGUGCGCCCAAGUAGUUCCUCACACGGUACAAGAGUUGUUAUUUUCGGGUUGGGGUGGGACCAAUACCUAUGCAGCUAUCAAAGUCUCAUGGAAAUACAGAAGGUUGACAGGAAGCUGUGAGUUAUAACGGUUAUCUGUGCUGCCUUUGUGAGGAUGUAAUAAUCAAAAGACUUGCCGUAUGUCACAUUUAAAAUUGUUACAACUGAAAGCACAUCAACCAACCGGCAAAAAUGAAAUAGCUAUAGAGGCCUUUCUAGCUGGAGUUCUUUAACCUACAAUAUUAUAGUAUACUCUAUUUUUCUGUGGAGGACUCUUACCUUGGUUGUUUAUCACAAAGAGAAAUGUCUAAUUUCGAAAUUGGCCUAUGUUUAGCUCAAAAUUAAAAUGAACUUAAUGAAUGUAAGUAACGUUUGUUUAUUUGUUAUGGUUUAUGGCAGCCAUUUUUCACCUAAACAAUAUAUUAAAACAUUUGAAUGUGUUUGUGGAAAAAUUGUUGCUGUUAUAUGUUUAAAAGUGACAUAACUGUAAGUUUGAAGUUAAGUGUAUUUAAUGUAGCUCAGUUUUUUCUGUUCAUCCCCAUUAGCACUUGGUGAAAAAUGAUGCUCGGUAGAUUUCUUACACGACGUGAUCUCGAUUACGUCAAUGAAUGACAGCUAGUGCGCAAUACGUCGCUGAUGUCUAACUCUUGGGAGGGGAGUAAUGUCAACCAAAUGCUUUUCCAUUUCCAAGACCCAGGAAUGUAACUGUUAAUAUAGAUUGUUAGAGAUGCUGUUUCUUUACUGACUUCUUGUGAUCUUUGAAUGAUCACACGGGCCGCUAAAUGAAUGUUCAGUAUUUUUUCGGAGAGUUUAAGACAUUGUUUAUUCUUAAGGAAGCUUAGUAAUACACAAAAUCAGGCUUUACCUUUCUAAUUUUAUUAAGAGAAGAGUAGAUAUAUAUAUAUAUAUAUUGUUAGAAUUGUUCGUAGUGUUUUCAAGACAAUCACUAAUCUGACUGCUUUAUAUGUUGCAAAUGGGCACCACAAUUGUGAACAAGUAUGCUAGAGUACUCAAGCUAAAUGCUACAGAUACCAUAUUUGUAUGCUAAUGUAGUUGUACAGUGUUCCUUUUGUGGUAGAAACGGAAGGCAUACUAUAACAGACCAAAUACAUAUCCUCAUUAUUAGUGCCUUAGUGCUCUGUUGCUUUUAGGACUCAAAAAGUCAAUGUGAUGUACUACUUAACAACAGCAGCAUCCAUCAUGCAGACAAAAAAGGUUAUCUUCAGGAUUAAAUAACCGUGUCAGAUUGUAGAGAAAAAACAGCAUCCUGACUGCUUUAAAAAUACACAGCUGUGUAACUGGAAGAACAUAUGAGGAUGUCAACCAAUGUUGUGACAGGAAGUGACUGAGCAAUACAACAAAAGUAGACAGGAAAUCAGACCUUGUUAGUUUGCUUUAUUCUUUGACCAAUAAUGCAUAGCACGCAGUUUCACCUCAACUGAGUACAUUUGAGUAAAAGUUUUAGUAACUAAACUUAUUGAGUUAAAACUGCUCAAAUCACAAAAAGCAUAUUUAUCAGUUAACACUUGGUAAAAAUGGCUCUUGCUGUUUAAAAAAGCAUUAAAAGUUUUUGAGCAUUUGAAGAACACUUUGCAAACCUACAACCUGUAGUGGUUUGUAUACAUUAAACAAUAUUCCGUCGUCAAUGCAGGAAAGAUCCAUCAAGAUUUCCCAUAAUCCUUUUUGAUAUAAUGUUGGGUUCAGUAAACAAAUACCAUUGUAAUACAAAUACUACCACUAUUCCAUUUUAUGUAUAAUUUUGUUUCAAACCUUGGUAAUACUAGUAUGAACUGGCCUGGCAAAUGAAAUAAAUACAGUUGCAGAUGUUUAUUUCUUUCUACAAAUGGAACAAUUUAGAAGUGAUUCAAAAUGCUUUUUAAAAUAGCUUAUCAUUAAAAACAAAGAAAAAAUGUUCUGUUGUUAUCUUGCAUUUUACAGCACACUUAACUUACGAGUACCCGUCACUGCCUAAAUGUUUUUCAUACAUUUUUAACGAUCUGCCACAGUGUCUGUAUGCAUAUGUAACCUUGGAGUAUUUUUUUACAAAGAUAUGCAGAUUUUCUUGUUUGUGCUUGUUUGUUGCAUAUUAGCAUAUGCAAAUGUUUGUACACUAAACAUUUCUAAUUUAAAAUGAACUGAUUUUCCUUCUUUUGAAAUGAGGUAUUUUGUGUUGGACAAAAUCAGUUUUCACUGUACACAAAACACCCCCACUACUGCGCAUCAAAGUUCUCAUGCAAUGAUCAUGCAAUGCAUCUGUCUUUUAUUGUGUCUUGGACUACAAAGUGUACAGUAUGAGGGCUUUUCUUCUGUCAGUGCAGUUUAUUUGAUGGUCUACCUGGAAAGAAUAAAUAUACUUUAUUGGAUAUUCUUUUAAAUGAAAAAUACAUGGCUGAAGGUUAAACUGUUUGUUGAAUGUUUGCCGCUUCUCCACCGUUACGUUUAUAGUUUCAUUUGUGUUAUUUUCUUCUCAAACGUUUCAAUCCUACAGUCUUUGUCUGUUGGGUUUGCUUGAUUCUGUAGUUUUCAAUCGCAAAUUGUUUUUUUCAUUUAUAUUGCAUCAACACAUACCUCUGUGCGUAUAAACUCUGUUCUGUCUUUGCUUGAGGAGAGCUCUUCAAUAUGCUGAAAUGUUAACAGCAAACUAUUAAUUAAAAAGUUUGAGCUACAAA